AUGGAAGAUCUUUAUGACAAUGCCAACCAGCAUGACCCACGGCGUAUUGAAGAGCUGCCCCCUUCGGUUAAAGUUUAUCAAUAUUGUGGUAUGGAAGAACUUCACCGGGUCAUUUUGCUUGAGCGUGAUCGUCUUCAUUGCUCUUUCCCUGAUGCACAAAACACAAGACUAUGGACCAAUGGAGGUUACGAGGAGCGGAAAGAUGAUCUAGAUAUGGAAGGCACCCAAAGCGAUCACAUUAUUUUCAUCGUCGAGCCUUCGGAUUUCACGCACGACUUUGACUUGGCAGCAGAUCGUUCUGUUCACUACAGAUUAUCAUACAGCCCCAGAACAAGAAUUCUUGUCAUCAAAAUGCCUCACCACGUCCACAACCAAGCCGCAGAGGAAUUCAACUACAUGCUCAGGUUGGCCCUUCAACCAAUGAACCUCGAUAGGGCAAUUUCCGCCUGGGGAAACACCACACUAACUGACGGAGAUGGCACAACCAAAGAACCAGACGAGGGGUGGAGUCCCCGAAGACCACCCCGGGGAGCUCCUAAGAGACCCACGGUAAUCUUAGAAGUCGCAUCCUCAGAGAUGUCCGCAAAGCUUCGCCGAGACUGCCAUUAUUGGGUAGAUCCAGCCCGAGGGCAGGCUACAAUGGCCAUCGGAAUCAAAGUUCAUGCCAAAAAGCCACAGAUUACAAUUGAACAAUGGGUGUGGAACUCCGAGCACGCCAGACCAAUCCAAAAGCCAAGCCUAACCUUGACAAAAUCCAAGGGCAAAGUUCGCUUUGAUCCCGACCACCCUCCACCUCAACUCGUGAUCCCCUUUUCCCAUCUAUUUCGACGACCCGCAGAGGGCAACAUAGAGCACGACAUAGUGUUUAAAACACAAGAACUCGUCGAGUUCGCUACUUUGGUGUGGGAAAAACAAUUCGAUGAUGAGCAAGAGUGA